CGUUAACUUUUCCGCCGUUGAACAAACACAUUUUUUAAUAUUUCAGUUAGCUUUUCAGUUGUCAUGGUUACAGCAUUGCAUCCAAAAUGGCGUCCUUGCUCGGGGAGCAUCUGCUUGAAGUGACUGGCCAGGCUCCAGCUCCCUCAAAAGAUUUCUACCAACUUCUUGUUACUAAAAAAGAGGUAAUAUUGACAUCAUGGAAGAUUUCCUUGCGAAUUGAUGCUCGGGGCGCUCCACCCAGUCGGCAGAAGGAAUCCCAUCGCAAUUUCCUAAAAGAUAAAACACUAAAGGAUGAAGUUUUUGCCGUUUUUGGGAAGAGGACCCUGGAUCACACAAUGUUACUUUGUCAAGGACAGUUUGAUUACCUGGAGCGCUUACCUGACGACAUAUUGCUUAAAAUCCUGUCCUACCUACAGCUGAAAGAUACAACACUUCUGGCGCAGGUUUCACGUAGAUUCAGAAAGCUUUGCAAUUCAGACAAGUUUUGGGAGGAGGUUGUGAGGCACCGCUGUCCUGAGUUUACCAGUGACAUGGAGGAUGUAGCAAAAGCCAUGGGCUGGAGGAGGAUCUAUUUUACCUGUUUCCACCCCAGUGCCAGUAUGCAGCAGGAGAGAAGCAAAUGAUCAGCUGUGAAACACCUCAAAUACAAAUGCGAAUG